GAGAGUGGCUGUUUUUUGGGGGGGAAGGUGUGGCUUCUUUUAUUUACUCCUUUCUCUUGAUAUGUCACUUGUAGGAAACUGUGUACCUUCAUUGCCCAGGCAACCACUGGGCUCUUCUCUUCAGUAAGAAUCAUCUGAAACUGGACAUGUCUGAAUUCUUAAAACAGCCCAUCUUUACUCUCUGCUAUGAACCAAAGACUGGCAGUUGCUUUGGCUCCUUGGAUUCUCUCCCACCUCAGGACAGAGCCCUUGUACCUCUUUUGCUGAAUUCAGGGCUGCUGUCUGCUUGUUGGGAUCACGGUGAAGGAGAGGACAAAGUCCCUUGCUCACUGGAAGAGGGACAUAUUAAGCACUGCAACACCAGUCCCGAGCUGUUAGCAAUGGAUUUUGAAACCUGCUCAAGUUGGGAUGGUGUCUGUGACCAUGUUCUGUGACUCAUGAUCCAUGCCCUGUGAAGCAACCAAGGAAAAGAUCGGAUGCAAAAUGGACAGUGGGAUGCAGGCGUACAAAGGCAGAGCUGGGUGCUCCCCCAGGGCUCAGGCUGGGACAACCCCGGCAGUUUUUGGCUGCCAUAUGGAGGACCACACCAAGCGUGUCCAGCCCAUCCCGCUCCCGGCCAUGCAGCAGAACUUGAACUACGGGUACCCCCAGAUUUUUUGGGUGGAUGGCUGUGCUGAAGCAAGUACUUCCUGCCCCUCGGCACCCCCUGUUGCUCCUUUCCCACCACCAGUACCGGACCGGAGGAAAAAGCCAGGGAAAAACAGGGAAAGGAGGGGCUUCGACUUCCUGGUGAUCUACUUGCUGCUCCUGCUGGCCUUCGCUGGAAUGGGGCUGAGCAUGUUUCGAAUUUUUCACCUGGAGAAGGAACUGGCUGAACUCAGAGAGUCUGCCAGCGCUGAACACAUCCCUCCAGCUCUGGAGAAACUCAUAGGGCAGAAGGAGUCAAUGAAAAAAGAAGAAAGGAAGGCAGCACACUUAACAGGGAGCCCAUCCCAGCAGGGCCUCCCUCUAGAGUGGGAGCCCAUCUCUGGCCAUGCCUACACCAGUCACAUUCAGUACCGUGACCGGGGGCUUGUCAUCAAUGAGACCGGGCUGUACUUCGUGUACUCCAACGUGCUGUUCCGGGGCAAUGUCUGCGACAACCAGGUGCUCACACACAUUGUCUACAAGAGAAACCCGAGCUCCCCGGGCAGCUACGUGCUGAUGGAGGACAAAGGCAUCAACUACUGCACGGGUCACAGGACGUGGGCCCGGAAAAGCAGCCUGGGGGCUCUAUUCAGUCUCAGGAAGAUGGACAGUGUGCAUGUCAACGUCUCCAAAAUCGCUCUGGUUAAUUUUGAGGAAUCCAAGACUUUCUUCGGCUUGUUUAAGCUUUGAAAUGGAGUGUGGCCAGCAGCCCCCCCUCACACACACCCUAGGGUGUGAGGGCUGCCUGAGUGCAGUGGCCAAACCAGGGUCACACACCACAAAACUCACCAAGAAACCAUGUUUUGGCCUUCAGUGUGAAAGAGCUCAAGCCACUGGCAAAGGCUUGAAAGCAGACACCUGGGAAGCACCAGAGCUGUAUUGUGUCAACCUGAAGAGAACAGGACAUGUUCUCCUUACAAAAAAACCCCCAACAAACUCAAAAUGUGAUGUGCUGAAGACCCCAUUGAAACUCACUACUUGCUACCUGAGAAGAGGCUGGGGCCUGCGCCUCGCAUGGUGUCAUGGCCCUAGUGAGCUUGGGCCAGCAGAGACAGCUGGUGGGCAUUAUGGAGGUCCCUUGAGCCAGGACUGCAAGUGCCUGGGUUGUUCCACACUGCAGGGAGUGGUGUGGGAAUGAGUAGUGCCAGCAACUGCUCACCCCGGGCCAUGGCUGCCCACCCUGCCUGGGCACGGGGCUCUGUGCUUGCUGUCCGACAGGCACCUGCCUGCAAGCUGGGCUGUUACAGCUGGUAUGUUCAUUUUGUGUUUAGUUACUGAACUGUUCCCAUCCCAGAAAAUGCUCCUCAACCCCUUUAUUUAACUCAUCCCAACUGUCUUGCAAGGAACAUGCUAGAAGCAAUGGUGGCAUGAGGGGAGUUCUGACCCUGGAGUGGAACCAUGACCACACUUUGGGGGUGGGGCUGGUGGGGAGGCCACGUGCUGACAGGAUCUGAACAGCAGGGCAGUGAGGCUUAAGGUGAAAGCAGCACUUCCAACCCCCCUCCUGCCCUUUCAGUAUGCAAGGAUCCUCUG